UGUCUGCUGCAUUCGACACGGUUGCCGUGGUGAAGAUGAAGCACACGGAGAGAGUCUACGCCAUGAAGAUCCUCAACAAGUGGGAGAUGCUGAAGAGAGCCGAGACGGCGUGUUUCCGAGAGGAGCGUGAUGUCCUGGUCAGAGGGGACAGUCAGUGGAUCACCACGCUGCACUACGCCUUCCAGGACGACAACUACCUGUACCUGGUGAUGGAUUACUACGUGGGGGGGGACCUGCUGACGCUGCUCAGUAAGUUUGAGGAUCGACUUCCUGAAGACAUGUCCAAGUUCUACCUGGCUGAGAUGGUGCUGGCCAUCCACUCCAUCCACCUGCAGAACUACAUACACAGAGACAUCAAACCGGACAACGUCCUGCUGGACGUUAACGGUCACAUUCGACUCGCUGACUUUGGAUCUUGUCUCCGAAUGAUGGAGGACGGAACGGUGCAGUCCUCGGUGGCAGUGGGCACUCCGGACUACAUCUCUCCGGAGAUCCUGCAGGCGAUGGAGGACGGGAGGGGUCGCUACGGGCCGGAGUGCGACUGGUGGUCUCUGGGCGUCUGCAUGUACGAGAUGCUCUACGGGGAGACGCCCUUCUACGCAGAGUCUCUGGUGGAAACCUACGGCAAGAUCAUGAACCACGAGGAGCGUUUCCAGUUCCCCUCCCACACCACCGAGCUGUCGGAGGACGCUAAGGACCUGAUCCAGCGCCUGCUGUGUUCCCGGGAACGCCGCCUUGGCCUCAACGGCAUCUCCGACUUUAAGAGCCACCCGUUCUUCAGUGGCAUCGACUGGGACAACAUCCGCUCCACAGAGGCGCCGUACAUCCCCGACGUGUCGUCGCCUACCGACACCUCCAACUUCGACGUGGACGACGACGUCCUCAAGAACCCGGACAUCAACCCUCCGAUGUCUCACAGCGGCUUCACCGGGCAGCACCUGCCCUUCGUUGGCUUCACCUACACCACGGACAGCUGCUUCGCCGACCGCCGCUCCGUGGGUAAGGGGGGGGCGCAGGAGGUGGAAGGGGGGGGGCAGGAAGUGAGGGGGGGGGGGCAGGAGGUGGAGGCGUUCGAGAGGAGGAUCCGCCGCCUGGAGCAGGAGAAACAGGAGCUGAACCGCAAACUGCAGGAGUCCACCCAGGCGCUGCAGGCUCCUCGGGGGGGAACUCUGGGUCGGGACAAAGAGAUCCAGAAGCUGAACGAGGAGAUCGAGCGUCUGAGGAAGAAGCUGGCAGACUCUGAUAGGCUGGAGCACCAGCUGGAGGAGGCUGUCACUCUGAGGCAGGACUACGAGAGCUCCGCCUCCAAACUCAAGACCCUGGAGCGCCAGCUGAAGACCCUGAGGCUGGAGAAGGAGGAUGUGCACAAGCAGCUGGCGGAGGCCCUGGAGCGCCUGCGUUCCCAGGGGAAGGAUUUAAAGGACGCACACUCCCAGAGGAAGUUGGCGCUGCAGGAGUUCUCAGAGCUGUCGGAGAAGAUGGCCGACUUGCGAUCAUCCAAGCAGCGAAUCAGCCGUCAGCUGCGAGACAAAGAGGAGGAGCUAGACACCCUGCUGGGGAAGAUGGACGCCAUGAGGCAGGAGAUCCGCAAGACCGAGAAAACCCGCAAAGAGCUGGAGGCUCAGCUGGACGAUGCCAAGGCUGAGGCUUCCAAGGAGAGGAAGCUGAGGGAGCACAGUGAGGGAUUCUGCAGCCAGCUGGAGGAGGAGCUGCAUGGUCUGAAGUCUCUGCAGGGCCGCGGGGGGGCAGUGGGGGGGUCCCAGCAGGAGCUGAUGCGUCUGAAGGCAGAACUCGAUAAGAAGGUUCUUUUCUACGAGGAGGAGCUGCUGAGGAGAGACUCGACCCACUCCUGCGACCUCAAGAACCUCCGAAAAGACCUGCAGGAGGCCGAGGGGGGGGCGCUGUCCGCCACCAAGGAACUGCUGCAGCUCAGGGACCGGCUGGACAAGGACAAGAGGGACAGACACCUGGAGAUGGAUGAAGCUGUGUCUGCGCUGAAGGAGAAGUCUGAGCGAGAGAAGCACCUGCUGACGCAAGAAAACCUCAAACUGACGGCAGAAACUGACAAGCUUUGUGCAUUUGUGGACAAAUUGACGGCUCAGAACCGUCAGCUGGAGGACGAGCUGCAGGAUCUGUCGUCCAAGAAGGAGAGCGUGAACCACUGGGAGGCGCAGAUCGCUGAGAUCAUCCAGUGGGUGAGCGAUGAGAAGGAUGCUCGAGGCUACCUUCAGGCUCUGGCCACCAAGAUGACGGAGGAGUUGGAAACUCUGAGGAGCUCCGGUGUGGGAACAAGACCUCUGCCUGAGUCAGGAGUGGACACACCUCCUAAGAAGCCCUGGCCUCCUAUUGGUGGAGACAGGAGGGACCCCCUAUGGAAGGUGCGUCGCAGCCAAAAGCUGGACAUGUCGGCUCGGCUGGAGCUGCAGUCGGCUCUGGAGGCUGAGAUCAAAGCCAAGCAGCUCGUCCAGGAGGAACUGAGACGAGUGAAGGCUAACAACAUCAGCCUGGAGAGUAAAGUGAAGGAGUCUGAAGAGAGGAGUCUGGAGAUGGUGGAGCAGAUAGAGAGUCUGAAGAGAGAGGUGUCUCGUUCUGACAAAGGUCUGAAGCUCCCUGACUUCCAGGACUCUAUCUUUGAAUAUUUCAACACUUCUCCUCUGGCCCCGGACCUCACCUUCAGAACCGCCGACUUUGAGUCCCCCCCCCUGAAACCAGAGGCCACACCCCCAUCGCCCUGCACCGAGAUAUGUGAGAUGCAAUAUGAUCGAUGUCCACAGGAAGUGAGACCGGCAUCAGUCCCUGUGAGCCCCAUCCCCCCCACCCAGAGCUCACUGACCACACCAAAGCCCAAAGCUCACCAGUUGAGCAUCAAGACCUUCUCCAGUCCAGCCCAGUGCACCCACUGCACCUCGCUGAUGGUGGGACUCAUCCGACAGGGAAUGGCCUGUGAAGUUUGUUCCUUCGUCUGCCACGCCUCCUGCAAGGACCAAGCCCCCCCGCUCUGUCCAAUCCCAGCCGAGCAGGCCAAGAGGCCGGCAGGCAUCGACGUCCAGAGGGGCAUCGGCACUGCCUACAGGGGCUACGUCAGGAUCCCAAAGCCCAGCGGGGUGAAGAAAGGCUGGCAGCGAGCCUUCGCUCUGGUCUCUGACUGCAAACUGUUCCUGUACGACGUCCCAGAGGGAAAGACCUCACAGCCAGGGGUGGUGGCCAGUCUGGUGCUGGAUCUCAGAGAGGAGGAGUUCUCCGUCAGCUCGGUCUUGGCGUCAGAUGUGAUCCACGCCACCAGGAAGGACAUUCCCUGCAUCUUCAGGGUGACGUCCUCGCAGCUGGUCUCUCAGCUGUCCUCUGUGUCUCUGCUGCUGCUGGCGGAGAGCGAGGUAGAGAAGAGGAAGUGGGUCCGGAUCCUGGAGGGUCUGCAGAGCAUCCUCACCAAGAACCAGCUGAAGAACCGACAGGUCCACGUGCUGCAUGAGGCCUACGACGCCUCGCUGCCCAUCAUCAAGACCACGCUGUCUGCAGCUGUGCUCG